GGUAACAAUUUAAUUUUGUUUAACCUUCUUGUAAAAAUUUAAAUUGACUCAAUUCAAAUACUUAAUUGGCACGAUCUUCUAAUAAUUCCAUACAAUACAUGCAUAAAUUGGAAUAGAUAAUUCCAAUGCAAAAUUUUACUUUUUAGGCCCAUGCAUAAAAUGGCGAAAGACGGCAUUUUCAAAUCCAAGCGAAAUGGAACAGGACACAUUUUGCAAGAUUUACUUUCGUCCACGGUCCGUCUGACCCGGUCAAAUUUUGGGGACCUCUUUCCCCCGCAAAUUGAGGACAAUAAUUUAUCCCCAGAAUUAUCAUCGUUCUUCUGUUCGAUCUGCUCCGAAUCCACAAGUCUAAGUACAAUUACCGUCCAACAAAUGGAAAUUCUUGCCAAAUUCGUCCUAAAUCAGGAGCAGGUUUCUCUUUUUGAAGAUCAUCCUCCAAUAUUUUGUUGUAAAAUUUGCUCCUCUGCGAUCCUCUCGUUGGCCAAGUUAUCCACGCAAAUUGAAAAUAUUACGAUUUCUCUACGUGCCGUCAUUUCCAGGAGGAACGGGCUAUUCAACAAAGUGAAAAAUGAGGGCAAAAUUAGUGAAUUUUCAAAUGACAUCGGUGGCUGUCCCGCUGACCACGUUUCCAACAAUGACGAUGCUCAACAAUUAACUGGAUUUGUUGAGGAGGAAGAAUUCUUCAUAAAAGUAGAGCCCACGGACGACGACGAGGACGACGAUGACCGUCACAACACCACUUCUGAUCCUCUCUACGAUCCUGGAAGGCCAGAAUACGACGCUGAUUCAGAAGACAAAUGUGUAUGCAAAAUAUGUAACGUGAAAUUCGUCACAAAAAGGAGUCUCAUGCGACAUCUGAGCAACAAAAAGAUUCAUCCCGAGAUUCCUCAUGCUGAUUUUUACCACAUAUCAACUCGUAAAGUACGAAAGGAAUGGGUGUGCAAACUAUGUAAAAUGAAUUUCAACGUAUUUUAUUAUUUUGAUCGUCACCUGAGGAACAAGAAAAUACAUCCGGACAUUUCCGAGGCUGAGAUUUUGGCGCUGGAGUCGUCCUAUGUUAAGCCAAACUUUGUGUGUCAAGUAUGCCAACCUAAUGUCAUAUUCGCAGAUAAUGAUGAUUUCGUUCGUCACUUAAGGGAUAAGAAUAUUCACCCAGACUUUGCCUCGGCUCAAGUUCCCUCGAAGUUUUAUGACAAAGAGUGUCCCGAUAAUUCAUAUUAUUAAUCAUUGUACACUGCCCGUCAUAAGUCUUCGCUCAACAUUCGCACAGUGAUAUAUCGUACAAUUGGAAUUGUAUUUACUGCUUAAUUUGUUGCUUUUGCAGAACAAUUUGAAGAUCCUUCCCACCAUCUUUAUUUCGACCCUCGAAACUGGAAUACUUGACCAACUUGCAAAACGUUUUGCUAUUUUCUUCCAACCCACUCGCACAAUCCGCCAACCAGUAAAAAUAUCCGGUGAAAACCAAUAGCUCCAAAAUUGACAAACCAAUCACAAAAAACUCACGCAUUCUAACCGAGACAUAAACGACAUAGGUGCAAAACAGCAAAUAAACCAAGGAAUAAAUCACAAAAACAGCAAAAACUGGACCGUAAACUUUAUUAAAUUGCGACACAUUGUGGUCCAGCGCGAUGUACGAGUCUACCAAUUCUUCCAGUUUCAUUUUUGACUUUCGACAUUCCCGCUCCGUCUCCAAUUUCGCUAAUAUUUUUCCAGCAAUAAAGUUGUAGCUUGAUAAGAAGAAAAUUAAUCCGUGAAACCAAAACAAGGUCAGAAUUCUGUUAAGCGAAAAGGUCCAAUCCUGAACCGAACUUAGCAAGCCGACGCCAUCCAACACUCCGAGAACGGAAGGUCCAUACAGUACACUUUCCAGUAAAUAAAUUCCUAAUUGUGCGACCAAGUGGGUAAUAAACUUUGCCCGGGAAUAGUUCAAUUGUUGGACGAUUUGUUUCUCAUAAUUAUCCAAGGCUUCAAAUUUUUCGACUAGUUUAACAAAAUUUCGCCAAAAUUCGACAAAACACCCUCUAGUGGCUAAACAGUGGAAACGCACGAUUAACGGGGCAACCACACUGCAUAAUCCCCACGCUAUGUUUAUUAUCAAAAACGUGUUUCGCCCUUGAUUCUGCAAAUUGAGAACGGCCGGCUUGUCACCAUCGUCACCGUAAAUUGCGAUAACUAUAAAGGGUACAAAAACACUGAAAAUUAUGGCGAGAAGCCAACCCGUGGGGUACGAUUUGUACCAGGAGGUGUGAAUAACUUGGUUUGAUUUUGGGGGCACGGUGAGGGGAAAGAAACCACAGAAUUGUAAAAUUCUAAAAGGAAUUCGAGCCCCAUGAAGGAGAGAAAUUUUCGAAAUAUUUUUGGGACGAAUUGGGACAACCAAUUUAUUUUCCAUAUUUAGGCUUCAAGCAAUCUGAUAAGAUAAGAAAUUUGGAACGAGAUGUCCGGUUUCGAUGUAUAGUUCUUCCUUGGAGGUUUUUAUACCCAAUAUUAAUUUUUUGGGAACCAUUAUCUUGUUUCAAGCAAUUUGCUAAAUUAAGGGUAAACAAUGAUGAAAUAAUAUUCUGUGUAUUUAAUGGGUGUUGUCAAUAUUCUUUAAUUAAGUUGAUUAUAUAAUUAUUUUGCCUUUAUUAGGUUAAGAACUGGUUAAGUCAAUAUUGACAGUAAGGGGCCGUCCAUAAAUUACGUAGCGCAAACAUCCCGAUUUUCUAUGUAGACCCCCCUUUUAUAUGUGUAACCUAGGAACGAUAUCACUGGAGGCUUAGAAACCCAUCUUGCGUUACGUAAUUUAUGGACCGCGUCUAAGGUAGUGUUUUCUACACUUCGGUUUCACUUAUUUCCUGUGCAUACUGAGAGAAGUUUGGCCCUAGAAUCAUUCCUGGUCGAUUGUGACUUCGACUAAAAAUCUCCCCGGAAUAAUUAGCUUAAAAGAACAUAUUGUAGGUAAGUAAUUACAAGUAAAUUUUAUCAAAUUCGUAACAAUUUGUUCGAAAUUCUCAUAUAUACUUGUGAAAACUACAUACAUAUAUACGUAUGCAUAUAUAUUUCACUAAAAUAUACCGUUGUUAACUCGUAAAUACAAAAUACGAAAUUUUUUUGCUAAGGACACAACAAUAAAAUACUACAUAAACGUACUAAGGAAGGGAGACCUUUUAGAUUCCAUCCUCAGAUCGAGGCAAAACUGUCCCUAGUAUAAAUCGAUGAUAUAGUUUUAUAAAUAACAAAAGAUGUCAACUUAUCAAAAAAUCCGCCAUCACCCAAAGAUAAUUUUGAUGGAGGACACGACUUAAUAAAACACAAAUCUGCUGUCGUAUAUCUUCCAUCUUUGACGAGGUCUAUGAAACCAAGGGAUUUGAUGUAUGGAUACGACACAAUUUUAAAAAUUCCAUGAAUCACGAGGAAGAAAUCGAAUGCAAUAAUCGAGAAUAGAAUAAGGACUGGCAAUGGAACACCUUUGGUCCAGCUAAUUACUAAGUACAAGGAGAUACUCUCGCAAAGUGUUAUCACACCUGCCAGUAUAGCCAUGCUUGGGUAGGAAAAGACAAAAUUAUGGAAACUUGAUAACAAUUGUAAAGUCCUAUACUGUAUUAAAUUGAUGUAUCUGCUAUUUUUUCGAUUUCUGUAAUAUAAAUUGAAUAAGUACCACUUAAUGUACAUGUCAAGAGAUUAGUAGUAAUUAAACGAAGUAAAUACCUCUCCA